CCGCCUGGUCACGCAACCCUCCAUGUCACAAUUUGUGCUGCGUCAUUGCAUUGGAUCCCAUUACGUGACAGCUCCCGCUCAGCCGCGAUGACUCAAGACGAGCGGCAAGCCCGUGGUUCUAGACUCCAUCCAGUCGAGCCCCGAUUUUCUGCGACCGAGUUUUCCUCUCGCUUCUUUCUCGUGGGUGCACAUGGACGUCUGGCGCGGGCCGCUUCUGGCCAAGCUCAGCGCCAUGGUCCCACCAACAAACUCUCCGUUCCCAGCAGCCAACAGGGACAUGCAUUGGAGACAAUUCUAUUCAUGUUUUGGAGGAGGGGCCCUCAUGUCACAGGCGCAUGGGUGAAGAAAAAAAGUCCACGCGGCACCGGGGAGGGGCGCCUAACCAGCGUCGACCUUGAAAAACUGAGCAGGCAGACUUGGUCAUCAUCCAAGACAGCUUUUCUCCGAUUCGUCACAGCUACCACACGCCCAGCUUUCGGCCCUUAGUCCUCAUCGAGUAGGUGGCCACGUGCCCAAGCAACCCGCGGGUCGCUGUCACACUCCCCCGCGCCUCUUCGGGCGACGCAUAGCUUGGAUACGGCCGGGCUGGUGGCGCGAAUUGUCUUUCGUGCAUUAGGUUGUUGAGGACCUCAAAAUCCCUGCAUCGCUCGCUUUGGCUUCUGAGGCAAACCUCUCACUUGCACUACCACAACCCAGGCUUGGUACGCGUGCGAAGGAGCUCAUAUAUCCAGCACACUCCGGAUUGCCAAGCACAACCCCGUCUUCCCCCGGCCAGGCAAAACACGUGGUAUGCCCCACGAACACACUCGCACGCGCUGUUCCUGGACUGCUCGGGGACGACGCCGCCGGAUACACGGACGACCUGUUCCUGCAGGCAUCUGCUGCCCUUGCGGUGUGUGUGAUUAGGCUGCCGGUCCUUUCCACUCACCUAAGCCAUGAAGUUCGCCAGGGAGUUUAGGGAGGCGCUCCGGCGGGAGAACUACCCGCCGCGCUGGGUCGACUCGGCCAUCCCCUACGGCCAGCUCAAGAAGUGCCUGAAGAAGGUGCAGCGUGAGCUAGCUGAGCUGGGACUCGACGCCGACACCCUGCGCCAGCUGCUGGCCGCGCAUGCCCUCUCGGAGCAUGGCGACUCGGUUCCGCUGGCCAGCUACGAGCUCGGAGCUGGCCCCUCACGUCCCCUGAGGCCUCGCCUGACCGUCUUCAUCCAUCUUGAGGACGGCGAGGCUGUGGAUGCCGCCCUGACCCCAACAUCGCGCGAGUUUCUGCAGAAGCUCUCCAGCGGCCAGGUCCCCAUCCAUCACCAUCACCACACAGACUCCGCAUCUACCCGCAGCAGCAGCAUCUUAUCCACACCAACAUCUCCCCUCAGCCCUACCUCCAGCGCAAGCGCAAGCCUCGCCAGCGGCGGCCACAGCACCGACAGCGACGAGAGUUCGCCCGAUACGCAGGCUGAGCCCGCCAAGGAGACGGAGCGCAUCGAGGUGCCGUUGACGUUUGACUGCGAGUUCUUCGACCUGCUCCAGAGCGACGUGUGGCUGCUGGACGCGCUGCAGGAUGAGGAGGAGGCAGCCAUCUCCAAGCGGAUCGCCAGCCUUGGCGAGCAGAUGGGCCAGCUGACGCGCCCCGCAAAGUUCCACAAGACGGAUCUGAACCGCUGGCGCGAGGUGUUCGAGCUCUACCUCGACGCCCAGGUCUUUUUCUCUACCUGCGAGCGCGACCACGGCGCCCGGACCAGCGCAAAGGCGCUAGAGCAGCUCGUCUGGUUCCAGCGCGAGGUCAACGACCGGGGGCUAAUCCAGCAGUUCAAGCUGCCCGCCAGCCGUGACGCCUACACCCGGUUCCUGAACCUGAACUCGGAGCUGCUGCGGAACCUCAAAUUCCAGGAGCUCAACCGGGUGGCCGUCGCAAAGAUUCUAAAGAAAUUCGACAAGAGGACAUCCCUCGGCGUCUCGGGCUCCUUCCCGCAGACCAUAUCGCGACGGUUCCUGUCCGAGAGCGUGGCCAAGGACUUGUGCGCCCAGGUCUCGAGCCAGGUCGUGUCGACGGUGCCCCGCGUCGACGACUACACGUGCCCCGUCUGCCUGAGCAUCGCCUACCUGCCCGUCCGCCUCAAGUGCCGCCACGUUUUUUGCGUCCGCUGCGUCGUCAAGAUGCAGCGCGAGUGCAAGCAGCAGUGCCCCAUGUGCCGGCAGAAGGUUGUCAUGCAGGCUGAUUUGAGAAAUCUCGACCACGAGCUGGCUCGGUACAUGGAUCUCUACUUCAAAAAGGAGACCAAGGAGAAGCAAAAGUCCAACGACCUGGAGCGCGGCAUUGAGAUGUUUGGCGAAAACUACAAGCCAGACUCGUGCCUCGUAAUGUAAUGUCCUGACCUCGUUUUCUUUUUUCCCCCUUGUCUUAAAAUCUAGCUAUAUUAUACCCCGUGCUAUGCUUAGUAUCCGGUUGCGCAAUAAAUUCUUCCAUCCUACUUAUUAUAUUGGGUGGCGUCUUCCUCUUUCUUUCCCUCUUACGUCCCAGGCUGCGAAGGACGUGUCCUGGGCUGGUUUGGUGGCUACUGUGCGUUUCUCGCAUACCCAAUCAGAUUUCGAUAAUUUCCAACGCUUCACCUGA